AUGCGCUUGGAAGUUCCUCAGUUCCUGCUGUUGUGCGAUUUAUUGGUUCAUCGUGGUUACUGGCAUGCAUAUCCUUCUCAUAGGGUAGGGGUUCAUAAGUUCGUUGCUUUAACACUAAUGUGCCUGAGCCAUGAUGAGCGGCACCGGGUUCUAACCGAGCAGUUUCAGCAUUCAACGGAGACGAUUGAUCGACAUGUUCGCCGUGUCUUACGAGCCUUGGUUCAGCUGGGUCGUGAUCUCGAUUGUGUAGGAACCUUAGAUGGGAUCCACGUCUCCGCUUGGUGCAGAGCAGAGAUAAGAGAGAGGGUCAAAAAUCAGCAUGGGGACUUAUCCCAGAAUGUGCUUGCUGCCUGCAAUCAUGAUAUGUACUUUGUCUAUGUUCGGAUCGGUUGGGAAGGUAAUGCUCAUGAUGCCCAAAUUCUCCAAGAAACCUUGCUAGAUCCGAAUUCGAGUUUUUCAAUGCCACCGCAAGAUGCUGUUUACACUAAUAUGUCGGGGUUUAUGGUACCAUUUAGGGGUGCACAGGGCACACAUCAUGAGCGGGUAGCUAAAACUCUGUUCAACAGGCAGCAUGCAUCGGUUGGAAAUAUUAUUGAGCGAACAUUUGGAGUUCUUAAAAAGCGUUUUCCAAUACUCAAAGGUCCAAUGCAGAACUACCUAAUAGCAAUUCAAAAUAAUAUUGUGCUUACAUGUUGUACUUUGCACAAUUUUAUGCGCGAUUAUGUGCCAAAUGAUGAGUAUUUCAACGAAGAAACUGCCCUCGAAGCCUUUGCAGAUGCACAGAUAGCAGGGGAUGAAGUGCACCGGGUCAACCCAUCGAUAUGUCGCAACAGGGCAUAG